GCGGCUAAGAUAGCCGUUCAGCCUUAUGGGUAAUGCUGUCUUUUAAUGCAAGGCGUGGCAUAGACAGGGACCCCUGACUCUAUUCCGACAUCACGCUCUUUCUCUAAUUAAAAUAUCACUUGUUUGCACUCCGCGUCCACAACGAUAAGAAUAAAACAAUGUCUGGGCAACAAUACGCAACGGUUUCUUGAAACUAUUUCUGAGAACUGUAUACGUGUGCACAGACAGACUACACUACCCAGUUUAUUUUCCCCAUUCCCCAAGAUGUAUGACUUCAAGAUGUAUGAAAUCAACAGUGGAAUUUCAUUGGACAAUCAGGGGGAAUCCGUGACUCCUACUGGCCAAUCCGCACAUCAAUCAAAGGGCAUCCAUGACUCAUGUGGGUGCUCCCUCGUUGGAAACAGGGAUGAAAUGGACUAGCAAUUGCAACAGCCUGGAAGGUCAAAAUACUUCAGAUUGAGUUCUCUUGUGGUAGUAUGGCAGCAGCGUUUCUAGAUGGCAAGGAUGCAAACUCUCUCCUCAAACGUUUUCCACGGGAUAAUGGUUUCCUGGAGGAGUUCCGGCCGGGCAACAUUGAGAGGGAAUGUGCCGAGGAGAGCUGCAGCUUUGAGGAGGCCAAUGAAGUGUUUGAAAAUAAGGAGCGAACGAUGGAGUUUUGGAAAAACCGCAGCAUCUACACAGUGAACAGCAAUGCUGAUUCGGAGCGCCCGGACACUGUGUACAUGGUGGUGCCCCUUCUGGGCAUGGCCCUUCUCAUCAUCAUCGCGCUCUUCCUUAUCUGGCGCUGUCAACUGCAGAAGGCCACGCGUCGGCGUCCGGCCUACACCCAGAACCGCUAUCUGGCUAACCGGAAUGCCCGUAGCCUUCCACGCAUCCUGGUGCACCGUGAACCUCCCUCACAUUCAGAGAACUCUCACACUAAUGACAGGCCCAGCGUGGUGGUCAGCGGUGCUGAGAGAGGCGGGGUUUCAGUCACCACCCAAGAUGGCCAUCAUCACGCCAGCCAUUCGCAGAACAAUCGCUCCCUGUACGUACAAGAUCCUUCUUUGUCCGUGACUUCCCAUCUGUCCGGCGCAACCCCGCCGCCAUCCUACGAGGAAGUUACCGGCCACUUAGAGAGCAGCAGCGAUGAGACGACAGCCCCCUACAGCGACCCUCCUCCUAAAUAUGAGGAGAUUGUGCUAGAAAAGUGAGAGGUUUCAUAAAUAUGGACACAUAGAGCAGUAACCAAAAGUUACAGAUGCACUGGUUCCCAAGCACUUAUUCUAAUGUGGCUCUCACUCUGAACAGAGUGUGCAGGCUAUGUAUUUGACAGUCGCCUUGUGUCGUUGAUCGGUUCAUGGACUGCACUGGUAAACGUGGUUGUUUUUCAAAUCUCAACGGGUCCUGCCUUCACACUCAUACAAUCUUCUCAUCUUUUCCGUGAACCUUUACAUGUCCUUCAACCUCUCACACCACAACGCAUGAAUUUGUGCACUGCAUCGUAAUGGCAUUGGCCAUCAAGCUUCAGAGCCUACAGGGAAAUGAAAAGAUUGUUUAUGAGGCAAAACAAGAUGAUGUGCCAAAUCUAAUUGGUGUAUCGUACGAAUGUUUAGACACACCAAAUAUUUCUAGAGUGUGCGUCUUCUUGUGUUUAUAAAGUUGUGAUUUCAUAGAUUCCUUGACACUAUUAAGUAUACUAAGCCCUGUGAAAUCUUAUACCAGCAGUAUCUCUGAUCCAUACCAAUGUCAGAAUUAGUAAUACAAUCUCACGUGUAAAUUGUAACAUGGGAACAAAACAAAUGCAAAAUACAACAUCCAAAUCAUA